AUGCUCGCAGUGAGAGAGACGACUGAUAAGCCCUGCCUUGGUCCCUCCUUCCCUGUCGACAUGCCUCGCGAGCAGGUGAGAGCGCCGAAGGAGACGGUCUACGCCGCCCCGAAGAAGCCUCUGCAGGGCUCCAUGAAUAUCCAGGAACCCGAGUUUCAGCAAACCCAGUUGCAUACAGUCCUGAAGAAAGGUUCCCGGAGGAAAAGGGGAAGCGGUAGGGGAAGAGUACCCGCGCCGGUGGGCUCCAAGGGGGCGCCGCCUCCCUUGGAAGUGGGCCUCAGCUCAGGCCCCUUGACCUCCAAUAAAGCUGUGGCUUUCGCUCGGCGGCCGGGAUUCGGGCAGGCGGGAACCAGGUGUAUCGUCAAGGCCAACCAUUUUCUCACUCAGUUGACUGCCAAGGACUUGAAUCAUUACGAUGUAUGGACCCUUCUAAUCUGCGGCGGGACGGACGAAAUGCUUGUCUCGUUAGCUAUGCUCACUCUUGUCCUCUUCCUCCAGGUCACCAUUACGCCCGAGGUGAAGUCCCGGAGGUUGAACCGGGCGAUCAUCUCGGAGCUGGUGAAGCUCCACCGGGAGACGGGUUUGGGCAUGAGGCUUCCCGCUUACGACGGACGGAAGAGCCUCUACACCGCUGGCCAUCUCCCGUUCUCGUUCAAGGAGUUCACCGUGAAGAUCGCCGACGACGAGCAUGGGACCGGCGUCAUGAGGUAUACUACAAUGCACUGCUUAUCGUAGGCGACCGAGCUCCGGAAUUGCAGGGUUUUGGAGACAUCUAUCCUAAUGACCUCUUGUGUCUGAAGAGAGAUUGUGUACACGGUGGCUAUCAAGCACGUGGCUCGGGCAGACCUUGACCACCUGCGCCAGUUCUUGGCGGGGAAGCAGCCUGAUGCUCCCCAGGAAGCCCUGCAGGUUCUUGAUAUCGUCUUGAGGGAGUUAUCCACUCAGAGGUACGACUGCUUGCACGAGAUCAUUGCAUGAUCUAUCUCAUCAUGGUUUCUCCAUCGUAAAUGAAGUGAUCCAAGAAAAUCCUUGUGCUUUCAGAUACGUUUCGAUAGGGAGGUCCUUCUACUCGCCCGACAUCAGAAGACCACAACGACUGGGCGAAGGGCUGCAGUCAUGGCGCGGCUUCUACCAGAGCAUAAGGCCGACCCAGAUGGGCCUGUCGCUUAAUAUUGGUACCCAUCCGCUUCCUUUCCUCUCGUGGAGAAAUGAGUCGUCUAAACUAUUUUCAGCCUUCCCGUUCUUGAUCUUCGGGGGAAGAUUCAUUGACCUUAAACGUACUAUCCAGACAUGUCCUGCACUGCGUUUAUUGAACCGCUUCCGGUGAUCGAGUUUGCCGCUCAAAUCCUUGGCAAAGAUACUUUGUCAAGGCCAUUGUCAGACGCUGACCGUAUUAAGGUAGCUGAAUCCUUUGGGAUUCUUCUGAGGAAGAUCUCAGUGAAGCGUGCAUGACAUUGCUUUGGACGAGUGUUUAUUGCCGCUGACCGACUUAUGGUAUCAUAUUUCCCUUUUCGGAUUCAGAUCAAGAAAGCCCUGAGAGGUGUGAAGGUUGAAGUCACUCACAGAGGUAAUGUCCGAAGGAAAUACAGAGUCUAUGGGAUAACUUCGCUACCCACACGGGAACUAAUGUGAGAGCUCUCUAGGUUACCCUACUCCUCGAUCUCAUUACAUCCUUUACUGCCGAAAUUCAUCUAGACUGGAAAUUGCCAUUCGAUAAUCGGGUCUAUAUCAGAUUGUUUAUUCUGAUAUUUUAUUCAACAGUUUUCCCGUCGACGACCAGAUGAACAUGAAGUCCGUGGUCGAGUACUUCCAAGAGAUGUACGGCUUCGCCAUUCAACACUCGCAUCUGCCCUGCCUUCAGGUGGGCAAUCAGAAGAAGGCCAAUUAUUUGCCAAUGGAGGUCGGUAUUGAGCAUGUUUCUCUCCAGAUCCUGCUCCAGAUUGUCUUGUGGUGAAAAGGUUUAGGUUUUCGUAAUGUCAGGCGUGCAAGAUUGUGGAAGGGCAAAGAUACACCAAGAGGUUAAAUGAAAAGCAGAUCACUUCCUUGCUGAAAGUUACUUGCCAGCGGCCAAGAGAGCAAGAAGCUGACAUCCUUCAGGUCCUCAACUUCCUUCCUACGAUCAUUUCAUGAUCUCCCUCGCUGAGGUUGCCCGCACCUUUUAAUUAUGUUUUUGUCGGAAUCGUCGCCGAUAUUCGAGCUAGUUUCAUCUGUGAUUCAUCCAGUAUGUUGGCUAUCAUGCUACAGCCCCAAAACCUUCUACCCUCUUGUCUUUCAUGCAGACCAUGUCACAGAAUGGGUAUCACGACGACCCUUAUGCCAAGGAGUUCGGGAUUAAUAUCAGUGAUAGGCUUGCCUCAGUUGAAGCUCGAGUGCUCCCUGCGCCGUGGGUAAUUCACUACUCACAUUUACGACUGGGACAGGUUUCGUCUGGUUUUCAUCUCUCGGUUGAUUUUUCUAACCCGGAAACAUUUUCAAAUCACGAAGCUGAAAUAUAAUGAUGCUGGGAAGGAGAAGGAAUGCCUGCCCCAAGUGGGUCAAUGGAAUAUGAUGAAUAAGGUCGGUUCUCUUGAGAAUCUGUGGUCUAUGGUCAGGCCUUCCCUGCUGAUAAUUGUGUGAUUAACCGUGAGUGGCGUUGACUUCUGAUACAGAAAAUGAUCAACGGGAGCACCGUCAAUCACUGGGCCUGCAUCAACUUCUCCCGGAGCGUGCAGGAAAGCACCGCCCGGACCUUCUGCCAGGAGCUUGCCCAGAUGUGCCAAGUCUCGGGGAUGGUGAUAACCCCAGCUCAUCUCAUUAGUGUUUUAAUGAAUUUAAUGCGCCAUCAGCCUGAGAAUCAUCUCUGUUUGGGCCCUACCUCUCUUCUCACUGUAGGAAUUCAACCGAGAGCCCGUGAUGCCCAUCUACUCAGCCAGACCAGAUCAAGUGGAGAAGGCCCUAAAGCACGUAUACAACGUAUCGAUGAACAAGCUCAAAGGGAAAGACCUGGAGCUACUGUUGGCCAUCCUCCCUGACAAUAAUGGCCCUCUGUAUGGUACGUCUAGCCCCAUCUAAUUUGCAGUAGUACGGAGCGGGUGAGCGCAUUAAAUGGGAUCUUUUAACCAGGCGAUCUCAAGAGGAUUUGUGAGACGGAUCUGGGACUGAUAUCCCAAUGCUGCCUGACAAAGCACGUGUUUAGGAUCAGCAAGCAAUACUUAGCAAAUGUCGCGCUGAAGAUCAAUGUCAAGGUAUUUUUUUCUCGAAAGUAACCAUUUUUUUCUAUUUGAUUCUUACGACUGUUUUACUCUUUUAACGUUUUUGGUCAACUCUUUGUCAGCUGGGAGGGAGGAACACUGUUCUCGUGGACGCUCUAAGUUGGAGGAUUCCCUUAGUCAGUGACAUUCCGACUAUAAUAUUUGGAGCAGAUGUGACGCAUCCAGAAACUGGAGAGGAUUCGAGUCCGUCGAUUGCAGCCGUAAUUAAUCACCAGUUGAAGUCAUUCUUCAUUCGUUUCAAUGAUCUGUUCUGAGUUGUUGACUCUGACGAGCACGGGCUGAAAACAGGUCGUUGCCUCUCAAGAUUGGCCCGAGGUGACGAAGUAUGCCGGAUUAGUAUGUGCCCAGGCUCAUCGAGAGGAGCUCAUCCAAGAUCUGUACAAGACCUGGCAGGACCCCCAGCGGGGUACUGUGGCCGGAGGAAUGAUUAGGUUUGUGGAUUGCUCUCCCCUGGAUGAGCCAAGCUGACGAACUAGGGAGUUUGGUUGAAUCAGUUGUGAAUUAAUACAUGUUUAGUCAUACAUUUGUUAAAUUUCUGAAUCUGCAGGGAGCUUCUGAUCUCUUUCAGAAAUGCAACCGGGCAGAAGCCGCUGAGGAUCAUCUUUUACAGGUGUUGACUUAUACUCCUGAUCAUCUGCACCCUCUUCGGCCCAUUCUUCUGUCUCUUUCUCUCGGGAUCAUCUGGGUUGACCGACCAUUGUAGGGAUGGCGUGAGCGAAGGGCAGUUCUAUCAAGUGUUGCUGUAUGAGUUGGAUGCCAUUCGGAAGGUUAGUCUUUCAUUGAAGGUGUUCAUCCUGAGACCCAGCCCUCUAAGAGUCUCUGCUUUCGCAGGCUUGUGCGUCACUGGAGCCAAAUUAUCAGCCUCCGGUGACCUUUGUGGUGGUUCAGAAGCGACACCACACGAGACUGUUUGCGAACAACCACAAAGACCGGAGCAACACCGACAGGAGCGGAAACAUCCUACCUGGUAGAUUUUUUCUCAUUUUUGUUGGCCUGCACCUGAUCAACGAGUCUUCUCAGACUAUAUCGGUCGUCGUCGGGUUUUCGCAGGCACGGUCGUUGACUCCAAGAUCUGUCAUCCUUCCGAGUUUGACUUCUACCUUUGCAGUCACGCUGGAAUCCAGGUUUUGUUUCUGCAACCUGGGAAAUUCCACGUAGUUGACCCAGAAUAUAAAACUACCAAGAUGGGGGGGGAUUGAUUCCAAUUAUCACAGGGAACCAGCCGGCCGGCACACUACCAUGUUCUGUGGGACGAGAGCAACUUCACCGCGGAUGAGAUGCAGACGUUGACUAACAACCUGUGCUACACGUAAAGGAUUCUCUCUCUCUCUCUCUCUCUCUCUCUCUCUCUCUCUCUCUCUCCGAUUACGGUAAUAUAUAGUCAACGCUCAUGAUCUUGAUGGCAACCUUGCAGAUACGCUCGGUGUACCCGGUCUGUGUCAGUCGGUAAGCUUCUUCCUCUGUCCCUUGAAAACUCUCAUCUUCCCUAUGCGUGUGUUGACGAGGAUUCUUCCUUCCCAUGCUAGUCCCGCCUGCGUACUACGCCCAUCUGGCUGCCUUCCGCGCCCGGUUCUACAUGGAUUCGGCGGCGCCGGAGGAUGACCCCGCGGCUGCCCGGACCACCAGGUCGGCGAGCGGGUCCUGCGUGAAGCCGCUGCCGGCGUUGAAGGAGAAGGUGAAGAGGGUCAUGUUCUACUGUUGA